AUGAGUUCACCAGGGUCUGACGAGACACGGAAUGAGCCCGGAGAAGCACCUAUGUGGCAUCCCGCACGAGAAUGGCUUGAAGAUGACGAAGGGGACGAGGACGACCUUGACUAUACCGUCCCGUCUACGACCAUGGAGACCGAAGACGAUUGGGAGGAGGAUGAUGAUGUGGGUGAGGAGAGGAUGGGCCUCGGCAUUUCUGACGUUCCGGCCGCCCAAUUAUUCGAGUUACUCGCAUCGAGUGGUCUACAGCAUAUUCUCCGUUCAAACGGCUGGUCAACCAAUAUCGUCGGAGAUGACGGCGAUGACGAAAGUGACGACGAAUUUGAUGCGCCAUUUACUCGCAGACCGAGACCCCGGAGAACAGGUAGCGCAGACCACUUCCCGAAAGUCCCCAAUGAUAAGGGGACGGAAUUGAUGGGUGGGGGUCAAUUCGGGACGAAUCCAUACUUCGUCGAUCGGCUCAAGAAGCGCAAGGGAGUAUUCGCUACGAAUCUCAUGUGGCGCGAGCUCGGAACUGAGUCGUAUGGAUUGCGCAGAAGAGCUGGCCAAUCCUUAUCCCAGGUAAAAUGGACUUUGAUCCCUCUGUCGAUCACGCCGAAACAUGAAACAUGGGCUGACGGUAUGACCUAUUCCGGUCAAUUUUCCGAUGACGGGAAUUUCUUCUUCGCGUGCGCGCAGGAUUUCAAAGUCCGGAUGUACGAUACAUCCAACCCGUACGAGUGGAAAUAUUAUAAGACCGUCGACUACCCCUUUGGGCAAUGGACAAUUACCGAUGCAACUCUGAGUCCCGAUAACCGCUUUUUAGUCUACAGUUCAAUACGAAGCCAGGCUUAUCUAGCGACGACAGACCCCGAGGAUGAUUCUGAUCCAUCAGUACUGGACUUUUCUCUUCCGCCGGGCCAACGGCAACGACGAAGCUUGGGUAGCUCGCACUUUGGAAUCUGGUCUCUGCGAUUUUCUGGGGAUGGACGAGAAGUUGUUGCGGGCACAUCGGAAAACUCAGUAGUUGUGUACGAUGUCGAAACAAAACAACCGGUCCUCAAUCUGCAAAAUCGGCACCAAGACCAUGUCAACGCAGUGUGUUACGGUGACACCUCUUCUCCACAUUUACUCUAUUCUGGGUCCGAUGACACAACCCUCCGAGUCUGGGAUCGACGAUCCAUGGCCGACGGCCGUGAAGCCGGCGCCUUCAUGGGCCACACUGAGGGCUUGACCUAUGUCGAUAGCAAAGGAGAUGGUCGAUAUAUCAUUUCUAACGGAAAGGACCAAACGAUGAAAUUAUGGGAUCUGCGGAAGAUGAUGACUACUGCUGACUUUGACCGGAUUGACCCGAGUGACUACACCACUGGAUUUGACUACCGCUUCGAACCCUAUCCCGAUGAAUAUUAUGAACCGCACAAACACGAUUGCUCGGUGGUCACUUUCCGCGGCCACCGUGUCCUGAAGACAUUGAUUCGUUGUCACUUCUCGCCGCCUGGAAGCACGAACUCGCGCUACGUGUACACUGGCAGUGAAGAUGGAAAGGUUUACGUGUAUAAUAUGGAUGCCACGCUGGCCGGAACCAUCGAUGUCGGGUCAGCUACCAUGAAUUCCCGGCCCCGUGAGCCGGAUGUCUUCGCCUCUGCAUAUGAAAUGAGCGGCGAGAUGUUAUGGCGGACAUGUGUACGAGAUGCCAGCUGGCACCCGAAUGCUCCUGUCCUUGCAGAGAUAGCAACAUCAUGGAACGGAUGGGGACUGUCGAGCGGUACCUGCACGGUACACAGCUGGAAUAACGGUGCCAAAGAUGAUGAGGGUGACCCGCCAAUUGGGAAAAGCUACGACGACAAGCUGCGAUAUGUACCGGAGUUUAAUCACUACCGCGAGCACGCGCCCCCACCUCGAAGACGUCCGCUGCGGAGUCGACCAGUGCGGCGACGAUUCAUCGAUGAAGAUGAGACUUGGUGA